AUCAAACUAGGGUUUCAUAUAUAUUCAGGGUUUUAUCAUAGAGGGGGGCGCACCCAGAGAGGAGGAAGCUUUGAGAGAGAGAGAGGGAGGAGGGAGAGUGUUGACGCUCCAUCAAGAUGGGUAUUUCUAGGGAUUCCAUGCACAAGAGGCGUGCCACUGGUGGCAAGAAGAAGGCCUGGAGAAAGAAGAGAAAGUAUGAGCUUGGGCGUCAGGCCGCAAACACCAAGUUAUCAAGCAACAAAACUAUCCGGAGGAUUCGUGUUCGAGGUGGCAAUGUUAAAUGGAGGGCAUUGAGGUUGGAUACCGGCAAUUACUCAUGGGGUAGUGAAGCAGUUACUCGCAAGACUCGUAUUCUAGAUGUUGUUUACAAUGCCUCAAACAAUGAGCUUGUGCGAACUCAGACCCUGGUCAAGAAUGCUAUUGUUCAGGUUGAUGCUGCUCCUUUCAAGCAGUGGUACCUUCAGCACUAUGGUGUUGAAAUUGGUAGAAAAAAGAAAGUGGCAUCCAAGAAGGACUCUACUGAGGAGGGUGAGGCUGCUGCUGAAGAAACUAAGAAAAGUAACCAUGUCCAGAGAAAACUUGAGAAACGCCAGAAAGAUCGGAAACUUGACUCCCACAUUGAAGAGCAAUUUGGUGGUGGCCGAUUGUUGGCCUGUAUUUCUUCUCGUCCUGGACAAUGUGGCAGGGCUGAUGGGUACAUUCUGGAAGGUAAGGAGCUGGAGUUUUACAUGAAGAAACUCCAGAGGAAGAAGGGAAAGGGUGCUGCUUAAUUUUAGUGUUUUAUGAACUUCUAUUUGGCUUUAGUUCUUGGAAGUUGGUACAAUUCAAGAUGUACGCUUUUUGACUGUUGGUCGAUCUCCUUUAGGGUGAUGCCAUAGGACAUCCUUAGUGUGAACGUUUUAUUAGUUUUAUGCCAAUUUCAACCAAAUUUUGUUUUACUUGUUUGUUACUGAUAAUUUGAGACAGGGAUGCAUGAGUAUUCUACUUGUCAUUACCAUAUCAUCAGAUAAGAGAACAAAACUGCGCUGAUUUUGAAAUUA